UUAUAUUUUUAAACCAAUGAAUAUAUUGUUGUUUUCACAUUUUUCAUUACUCUGUGAUGGUUACUAACACACCUAAAUCAGGAAAAUUAGAUACUUGUAAUUAUGGGAUCUUCUCCGUCUAAAUCAGAUCGCGAAAUAUACUAUGACCCCAGGAAUCCAGAAUAUAAAAUUCUAAGUACGGUGUACCAUGUUGUCUACAAAAAGACAAAUGAUGCUGGCGGGGUUUUGAUUAACAGCGAAACUGUGAAGAAACUUGAAAACUACUAUGAUAAUUCGAGGUGGUUGAAACACGUGACUUAUAACCAGCCAGUUACUUCCAGUCAAGUACCUGCGUCAGGACCAGUCAAUGAUAACAAAAGGCUACGAAGCGCAAUUGAAGUGGAAGUAUACGAUCCAACACCUUCAGAAGCAACAGAAUUGUUCUUGACUGCGUUUAAGCAAAUGCUUCGUAAAGAAGGCAUAAAUAUUAAGCAAAUUACAAAGGUCAAUGACGGCAAAGCACCAGUUAUUUUGAUUUGCAAUGUGGCAACUCGUUUAGAGGCCGAUAUAGACAGAGCAUUAUCGUCCGUCAGAAAAACAGAUUAUAACCGUAUAGUGUUGAUAGCCUUACAUGUUAAACCUAAACAUGCACUACCACAAGAAGGAUCAAAGGAGCAGUUAAGUUUGCAAGAAGAAAAGUAUCAUGAUUUGCGAGGUGUUGUUGAUAUUGCUUUUACAAGUGAAAAUAAUUUUUAUGACUGUGAUAUGAACGAUGUUGCAGUUAGUGAAAUACGGCGUCUUUAUGAGGAGGCGUCGUAGCUUAGAGUUUGUGAGAAAGUAACUGUUGAAGACAAAUUGAUAAUAUAUCUGUAUUGGUCUGAAAGGAUAAACUGUUGUAAUAUAAUAUACAGUGAUG